GGGACGAGAAGCGGGCGUGGAGGUUAUGUGGAGGCCAGCGUGCGGUAUGCGGUGGCUGAUGCAAUGACCAGCUAAUAGCUCGGCUCUCGAGAGGGUUUCAUUGGUCUCCACCCGCCCCCCCUACACACAUACACACACACAAAACCCCUGAUUGGGCUGUCUCGUCAGGAAUUUGUCAAGAGGCUCAAGUGUUUUAAGCGAAACUGGUUGAUUUAUAAGAAACGCCUCCUGCAAAUAGUUGCAGGGUGGGGUAAACAGGAAGAAAAGAGAAUAAAGGGGCUUUUUUAAAAAGGAAACUGAAAGUAAGAGGGGGAAGAUUAUAAAAGAAGAGCCUGCUGCCCUGGGAGUCUCCACUACUCCAGUGGCCACUUCUGCAGUGUCUCGCUCAGACCAGUUUGUCAGGACCACUGAGCGACUCCUCCAUUGCCCAGCUGUAAGCCUAGGUCUUCAGAGAUGGCAGACGAGCAGGGGGGUGCCUCCCCGCUGGAGCUGUUCAACAGCAUAGCUGCCCAGGGAGAGCGUGUGAGAGCCCUCAAAGCCGGGCAGGCAUCCAAGGAUGAACUUGAUUCUGCAGUGAAGAAGCUGUUGUCACUAAAAAUGAGCUACAAAGCGGCCAUGGGGGAGGACUAUAAGGCUGACUGCCCCCCAGACAACCCGGCACCUGUGGGUAAUAGUGGCCCAGAUGCCACGGAAGCUGAAGAGGAUUUUGUGGACCCGUGGACGGUACAGACGAGCAGUGCAAAAGGUGUUGACUAUGACAAGCUCAUUGUUCGGUUCGGAAGCAGUAAAAUUGACAAAGAGCUGAUAAACCGAAUAGAGCGAGCCACGGGCCAGAGACCACACCGCUUCCUGCGCAGGGGCAUCUUCUUCUCACACAGGGACAUGAACCAAGUCCUCGAUGCCUAUGAAAACAAGAAGCCGUUCUACCUGUAUACGGGCAGGGGCCCCUCUUCUGAAGCCAUGCAUGUCGGCCACCUCAUCCCGUUCAUUUUCACAAAGUGGCUGCAGGACGUGUUUAAUGUGCCCUUGGUCAUCCAGAUGACGGAUGACGAGAAGUACCUGUGGAAGGACCUGACCCUGGACCAGGCCCAUGGCUACGCCGUGGAAAAUGCCAAGGACAUCAUCGCCUGCGGCUUUGACAUCAACAAGACCUUCAUCUUCUCUGACCUCGACUACAUGGGGAUGAGCCCAGGCUUCUACAGGAACGUGGUGAAGAUUCAGAAGCACGUGACCUUCAACCAAGUGAAAGGCAUUUUUGGCUUCACGGACAGUGACUCUAUUGGGAAGAUCAGCUUUCCUGCCAUCCAGGCUGCUCCCUCCUUCAGCAACUCGUUCCCGCAGAUCUUUGGGGACAAGACGGACGUCCAGUGCCUCAUCCCCUGUGCCAUCGACCAGGAUCCUUACUUCAGGAUGACGAGAGACGUCGCCCCCAGGAUCGGCUAUCCUAAACCAGCCCUGCUGCACUCCACCUUCUUCCCCGCCCUGCAGGGGGCCCAGACCAAAAUGAGUGCCAGCGACCCCAACUCCUCCAUCUUCCUCAUAGACACUGCCAAGCAGAUCAAGAACAAGGUCAACAAGCACGCGUUUUCUGGAGGGAGAGACACCGUCGAGGAGCACAGGCAGUUUGGGGGCAACUGCGACGUGGACGUGUCCUUCAUGUACCUGACCUUCUUCCUGGAGGAUGACGACAAGCUGGAGCAGAUCAGGAAGGAUUACACCAGCGGAGCCAUGCUCACCGGGGAGCUCAAGAAGGAGCUCGUGGAGGUCCUGCAGCCCCUGAUCGCGGAGCACCAGGCCCGGCGCAAGGAGGUCACAGAGGAGAUAGUCAAAGAGUUCAUGACCCCCCGGAAGCUGUUCUACGACUUUCAAUAACGCCCAUUUUAUAUCUGUACAUAACGAACCAGAAUUCACCCCGAACCCCAGCCCAAUCGAAUCACUGCUACACUUAGGCUGUCACAGCUUCCUGGUCCUGGUGUCGGUACCCCUGUCUGUCAGUACUGCUUCUCCCUGGGCCAUCCUUUCCGUCGGGGGCCAAACCCUGUGCACCGGGUGCCGGGGCUGAGCCGAUAGGAGUCCCGCUGGUGCUCUCCCACAAGGACCCCGGCCCGCCCAGAGCCGGCCACAGGCGUGCACCUGCCAGCCCGCGCCGCCCCUGGGAGCACUUCCCCGGGCGGCGCCCUUCGGUUCCACACAGACCCUCCAGGCCAGCUGGGAAGGCAGCCUGUAGUCUGCAUGUACAUUUCAGGCAGUUUAAUGGGCACAGCCCAUCCCAAAAAACAAAAAGGAUUGCUAGCUGUGCAUCUGACGGAGAGCUCUCCCAGCUUGAAAGCUGCUUUUCACACAGAAUAUCGCCCGAGGAGGCCACUUUUAUUAGUUGAGUCUGUGGAGAAACUUCACACGUGAACUCCAGCCCCACGUGCUCUCUGGCCGUCUCUGCCCUUCUCUGAGCCUCCCCACACCGCUUCCACCAGCUGGCCCUGGGGACAGGCUCUCCACCCUGAGAACCAGCGCUGGGCCCCCCUGCCGGCUGCUGAGGGGAGUCGGCGGCCUUUGCAGACACCUUUGUCCUGACACUUGGCUGGCACGGAGGCCUGCACCCUGCCGGUGUCCUGGGCGGUGGAGAGCACACAGCAGCCCCCAGGCCCCAAGGGAGCCUUUCAGUCUUGUGCCCUGUGUAGUCUGGGAAAGCCCGCCGUGGGGGUGCAGGGUCCACUCCUGAAUGCUCUACCCUCAUGUCGCUUGUUGGCCUAAAUAAAUUUCCUCUGGUCCCGCCUGUAUGGCUGUGUUGUGUGGAGUCUGAGUAGGAGAGAGGCCUUGCUUCAGGCCCCUAGAUGUGCUGCACCCGCCACCGAGCCAGAGCCCCUCCGCGGAUGGCCCUUGAGUCUGCUGGGGUCCCAGUGAGAGUAGAAAGGGAGGCCCACAGUGCGGGAAGCCCCGAGGCACUGAGACGCAGGCUCCCAGGAACCAGCAGCCUGUCCGCCGGUCUCCCCUUAGCAGUCCUGGUCUGGAUUCUCACCACUUCCGGUGGAGAAUGCAAGCAGAGGCCCUCACUUUGUGCAUGGGAUGGUCCAGGGUGGGGCUGUGUAGUGACAGGUGCCAGUCUACCAGCCACCUGGGCUCACUCUACCCACCAUCUUCAUUUUGUUACAGGGCAGUAAGGAGCUAGGAAAAUCCCAGGGCAAGUGGAAUAGGGUAGGGAAACUGAGACAGGAAAGUUAAAACAAGGCAAAACUAUUGGCAGCCAGCUUGUAACUAAAGCCAUUAUCUCCCUCAGCCAAGGACACUUGAGAGCAAAUGGUUAACAGCCUCCCUCGUGAGAGAAUGCAGGAAAGGAGGGGGAAGGGGGCAGCUUUACUCCCUAAGCAGAGAAGCCAGCAAGGCUCUGCCAGACCAAGUUGCCAGGUGCUUCUCAUGAAUUCUGGGAAGGGACCUAGAGAAUUAAUCUCUACCAAAUAGUCAGCAAAGGAAUUCUGACGCCUACAGACGGGAGGGUAUAUAAUACCUCGGACCCCCAGCCUGCUCUUCAGAUUAGCUGAGAGCUCACCUGCGCUUCAAAAGCCAAAUGUAUAUGGGUUUGUUUCUUUAAUGCAGGUGCAUGCGUUCAUGGCUUUAAUAAAUUGGCUUUACACAACGCA